UGUGUGUAUAAUUUUUCUCAAUAUAUGGUAGACUUGUGAUAUAGGGUAAGUUAUUACGACGAAACGUCAUUGUCAUAUUGACAAAUAUGACAAACAUUGAAUAAAUAUAACCUCAAAGGCAAUGAUAUAAUCAAAAUAAAUAAUAAAAUAUGACUGGAAGACUAUUCAUUAGUUGUAUUAUUCGUAAUCUUCCACUAAAGAAAACAAUUAGCCCUAACUAUCUGGCUCAUCACAGGUUCACAUAUGCUUGUAAUUUCGAAACACGUAAUUUUUGUACCAAAAAAAAAUCGAAGUCUUUAGAGAAGAAGCAUUGCAAUAUAGGAACUAUAGGUCACGUAGAUCAUGGGAAAACUACACUAACAGCUGCUAUUACAAAAGUGUUAUCCAAGGAUGGGUCAUCAAAGUAUGUUUCUUAUGAUGAAAUUGAUAAGGCGCCUGAGGAGAAGGCCAGAGGAAUUACAAUAAACGCAGCUCAUGUCGGUUACAGUACAAAGAACAGACACUAUGCUCAUACAGAUUGUCCAGGGCAUGCUGACUACAUUCGCAAUAUGAUUUCUGGUGCUUCUCAAAUGGAUGCGGCGAUAUUAGUCGUAGCUGCUAAUGACGGGCCGAUGCCUCAAACAAGGGAACAUUUGUUAUUAGCCAAGCAAGUUGGGAUAAAGUACAUUUUAGUGUAUAUUAAUAAAGUAGAUUUAGUUGGACAAGAUAUUAUUGAACUAGUAGAAAUUGAAAUGAGAGAGAUGUUAUCUGACUUUGGCUUCAAUGGCAGUGCUACACCUUUGAUUUUCGGAUCUGCAUUAAAGGCUUUGAAUGAUGACGAAUCUGAAAUAGGUGCACCAUCAAUAAGAAAACUUCUAAAUACCAUAGAUGACUACGUACCGCCGAUUAUAAGGGAUCUCGAGUCCCCAUUUCUAAUGCCCAUAGACAACGCCUUUACAGUCCCCGGUAGAGGAACAGUUGUCGUUGGUACUAUUAAACGUGGAAUUAUGAAGAAAAACGAUGAAGCUGAACUUAUGGGUUUUGGAUUCAACAUUAAAACUACGCUAUCAGAUAUACAGAUUUUUAGAUCUAGUGUUCUCGAGGCAAUUGCUGGAGACAAUGUUGGAGUUUUAUUACGUGGUAUGAAAAUUCGAUCAGUGGAAACUGGAAUGUUGCUUUGUGCCGCUAGAAGUGUAACUUUGAGUAACCAUUACAAAGCGAAGAUAUAUUUCUUGUCAAGAAGCGAGGGUGGCAGGAAGAAGCCGAUUUUUUCGAAAUAUUCGCAGCAAAUGUUCAGCGGUACUUGGAAUGUUGCUUGUAGGAUCGAUUUAGAACCUUCCAUGGAAAUGAUGAUGCCGGGCGACCACGCCGAUGUCUACUUAACCCUCCUAGAAGGGAUGGUAAUGACUGAGGGUCAGCCCUUUACAAUAAGAGAGAACAACGUUACUGUAGCGACGGGAAUUGUAACUGAAGCUUUGCAGCCUAUAAAUGUACCGAAUGGGAAAUUAGGAAAAGUCGUGUUAAAUAUUUAAUUCGUUGUAUACAUAUAUACCUCUAUAUAUAUAUAUAUAUAUAUAUAU